CAUUCGUUCAUUCACUCAGUCAGUCUGCGUUCGUCUCGAUGGGUGGACGUGUGCGUGCCGCUUCAUAACGUGUAUCGAUAUUAUUGUUUCAAACAUUCGCACAGCUGAUCAGUGACAAUAAGUUACCUUCGUCCACAAUCUCCGGCAAAUCUGAAACGCGAGUGCUGUGAACUCGGUGGUGAAUAAAUAAAAGCGAGGCAAUCGAAAAUAUCUCGAGUCGAAUGUAAAAAUAUAAGCGUCGUCGAGGAUCGAGGAGCGUUGCCGCGUGUGACUGAUCGAUAUUUUAAAUGAUAACAUGGAUUCAAUUAGGUGUUUAAGAAGACGGUGAGAUAGUGCAUUAGUGUUGUGAGGGACUGGACUUGGCACCGUAGGAAAACUAUGCGGUAGAAUCUCAGAAUCGACAUGUGGCGUUGCGCGUUGACGCUGGCCUUGUUGGCGCUAGCCCGGGUGCAGGGCUUGCAGCAGCCGAGGUGCGAGGAGAUUGUCAUCCCGAUGUGUAGGGGGAUCGGCUACAAUCUCACUUCGUUCCCCAACGCGUUAGAUCACGAUACACAAGAGGAAGCUGGGCUGGAGGUCCACCAAUACUGGCCCCUCGUGGAGAUCAAAUGUUCAGCAGAUCUGAAAUUCUUCCUCUGCUCCGUAUACACGCCCAUCUGCAUCGAAGACUACGCGAAACCUCUGCCGGCCUGUCGAAGCGUUUGCGAACGCGCCCGAGCCGGCUGCGCGCCCCUCAUGCAGCAGUACGGCUUCAAGUGGCCCGAGAGAAUGGCCUGCGAGAAACUACCGCGCAUGGGCGACCCAGACCACCUAUGCAUGGACGAAAACGACAGGGAGCCCGAACCGGAACCGACGCGGCCUCCGCGGAAGACGUUCAAGCACUGUAAGGAUCCAAAAAACUGCGAAAGCGGCCCGGCUGCAAGCCCGGGCUCCGGCGCCGGCGCGUGCGCGUGCUCGUGCCGGGCGCCGCUGGCGGCCGCGCGCGCGCGCAACGCCAGCGUGCUGGCCGCCGUGGCCGGGCCCGCGUGCGCGCUGCCGUGCCGCGGCGCCUUCUUCUCGCGCGAGGAGAAACAGUUCGCGGCCGUCUGGGUCGCGCUGUGGAGCGGCCUCUGCGCCGCCUCCACGCUCAUGACGCUCACCACCUUCCUCAUCGACUCCCAACGCUUCAAGUACCCGGAGCGCCCGAUAGUCUACCUGAGCGCGUGCUACUUCAUGGUCGCCCUCGGCUACCUGGCUCGCCUGGCGCUGGGCCAUGACGAGGUCGCAUGCGACGGCGCCGUGCUCAAGACUUCGGCCAACGGCCCCAGCGCGUGCACGCUGGUCUUUAUAUUAGUCUACUUCUUCGGAAUGGCGUCGUCGAUCUGGUGGGUCAUCCUCUCGUUUGCCUGGUUUUUGGCGGCGGGGCUGAAAUGGGGCAACGAAGCGAUCGCCGGACACGCUCAGUACUAUCAUCUCGCCGCAUGGCUCGUCCCUGCAGCUAAGACGGUGGCGGUUCUUCUCGCCGGAGCGGUAGACGGGGACCCCGUCGCCGGAAUCUGCUAUGUCGGCAACUCCUCUCCCGAGAACCUUCGGAGAUACGUCCUCGCACCUUUAAUCGUCUAUUUCGCUUUGGGAGCGACGUUCCUCCUGGCCGGAUUCGUAUCUCUAUUCAGAAUCAGAUCUGUGAUCAAGCGACAGGGCGGCAUCGGAGCAGGCUCGAAAGCCGAUAAACUGGAGAAGUUGAUGAUCAGGAUCGGAGUGUUCAGCGUGCUUUAUGCCGUUCCUGCGGGCGUCGUCAUCGGAUGUCUAGCAUACGAAGCUAGCGGCUACGAAUCGUGGCUAAAGCGAGUGGCGUGCGGCGCCAACUGCGGCGAGAAGCCCUUGUACUACGCACUGAUGCUGAAGUACUUCAUGGCUCUAGCUGUAGGGAUCACAUCCGGGGUGUGGAUCUGGUCGGGCAAGACGCUGGACUCCUGGCGGCGCGUGUGGCGGGGCGGGCGGCCGCAGCACCGCGCGCUCGUCAAGCAGGCGGGCGGCGUGUGACGCGCGGACGGCGGCCCGCUGCCGGCGCCGCUCACCGCCCCGCUCACCGCCCCGCUCACCGCCCCGCUGCCCGCGCCGUCGGCCGCCUCGCACAACCCGCAGCUACCCCCGUCGGCGCCGUCUGCCCGCUCGGGACAACCUUUAUCCGACUACGGACCUGUUUAGUGGACUGAUCUAGUUUCAGUGCGAUUUUGAAGAUAAACCGGGUGUAAGUGUUGAGUGCCCCGUGUGUUCUGCGACCGUGUCGCGUGUGCCAUUGACGAUGUGACUAUAGACUAUAGAGUGAGAGACCUCCCGCCGCGCGCUGUCUAGUCGUAGAGUAUAAACGCGCGCGGCAAAACAUAUACGUAAAUAGAUUUAAGUGAACGGAACGGUGUGGCGUCUAGUGCCGCUUCCCGGUACGACUUGCGAUGGUGUACCGUGAGUUCGACGACUCAUCUUUGAUGUUAAAAAUUGGAAAGUUUACGCGACUGUAUAACACUAGCAACAUAUUCGAUAAUAUUAAUACGUAACAGAAUAUAGUAUCAGAACUUUUAACAUCAAUUGCUAAAGCAAAUUAAAUAGGACUUCAGAGAGUUAAAAAAUCGACACAAUAAACUGUACAUACACACUAGUAAAAUACUUUAUUAAUUCAUAAGGUUUUCUCAGAUUAUUUAAAAUAAUCAGUUCUGUAUACGCAAAAAUAAUACAGUAAAUUACUGAUGUGUAUUGAUUCUAUAUUAGCAUGACUGAUUUUGUAAAUAAACUUAUUAUGAAUUGUAUACAUUUACUGUUAUAGAUUUAGAUUAACAUAUAACUUAAUAUCAACCAAAACUAACAGUAAAUAUGUACAAUUAUAAUGUGUUCUGUCAAGCCAGGUGCAAGAGGCGAAAUUAAAUGUAAACGAAUAAGCAGUUGUUAAGAAUCUAGUGAAUAGCACCAGUCAAAGAAAGUAAUAUUGUGAAUUUUGUUACUUGGGAAAUAACAGGACUCGUCUGAAUUACUUACAUGCCAAUAAAGUAUUGAUUUUAAAAAAAACUUGUAAUAGGAACGUAGCAUGAAGUCUUUUUUGUGGCGGCCAUGUAGUAAUAUAAUCGGUGGCGAAUGUAAACUUGCCUCCAUCGUGAUUGUAGUCAAAACCCUCAGUCACUACAAUAAGGUUUCGUUUUAAGUUCCUGACUAUAUAAUGACAAGAAAUUACAAUAGGUUAUUGACAUGUGUUGUAACAAACAAUAUUGUAAAUACUUUUAUACUCUCAAAACUAAUGAAGACAUCUUGUGAUUAGCCUGUACAGUCCCACUGCCAUUGCCUUUAGAUUAAGAAAAAAAAUACAAUGUACACUAUUUCAAGUUAAGAAUUUGUAAUAUAACGAUCUCGUAAAUCGAUAUUUAAAACGUAAUCACCAUUAUUGGAGUUAAUCUCAUUAAAACGCGAAAUUUUCUCGUGCAAAAUACGUUAAGCUCAAAUAGUAACUUCAUAAAAAUAGGUAGAUUACUGUAUCGCGUGCAAUCGUGUAAUUUUGUACAAUAUUGUUUUAUUUAUGUGACCAUUGACUUCAGAAUAUGGACCAGUAGUUGCAACUGAACUAUUUAUGUUGUAUUUUAACAAAUCAACAAAUUGAAUAGACAGAGUCUACACAACACAGUGUCAUUGUAUUGAAUUAAUUUUAAAGCCAAGAUUUCCUAGGACUAUAAUGAAAUAUGAUAUCGUAAUCAAAGAAUAGCCACCUCAUGUGUGUGACGUAUAGUGACGUAUAACUUUGCAAUAUUUGUACGUCCGUUUACGACUCGACGUACACAUUGAAAAGUUAUACGUGAGCUUUUUAAUACCGCAAGGAAAAACCAGCAAUGUACGUCGAACGUUUGAACUGGCUGGUCCAUGUUUUUGAACCGAAAAAUUGUUGAUGACCGCGGACGCCGCAGCCGAACGCAAAAAUUAUGUAAUUUAUUUUAUAUCUAACUGUAGAUAACAAAUAAAACGACUUUUUUAUGUACAA